CUCUCUCUUCCUCCUCGCCCAGACUUUCCACAUCUGCACGCCAUCUGCAGAUCUGCUGCGGCUCAAAUCUCAUUUUCACAGAGCACACUCCUUUCAAUUCUUACUCAAGAGGUCUGUAAAGAUUUUUAUUUGAAAACCUUAAAUAAGGCCCUUUACUUUCUUGUUUACAUAUUGUAUUUUCUUAUACCCACUCUCUGAUCGGAUCGUUCCGUUCCGUUCCGUUCCAAAACCCAAAAAGAUAAUCCAAAUUCAGAAAAAGAUCUUGAUUAACGUUAUUCCUGAUCUGGGCUAUUGAUAUCUGCCCAGAAGACGGUGAAAAUGGAAUCUUUUUGCAGAUUCAAGAUCUGGUUGUUGCUUGUUUUCUUGACCAUUUUUCAAUUGGGUAAUGGUUUUUAUCUCCCUGGUAGUUAUCCUCACAAGUAUGGGGUUGGUGAUUUCUUAAAUGUCAAGGUUAAUUCUUUGACAUCAAUUGAAACUGAAAUGCCCUUUGGGUAUUAUAGUUUACCAUUUUGCCAGCCGAAAGAGGGUGUUAAGGAUAGUGCAGAAAAUCUCGGCGAGCUUCUUAUGGGAGAUAGGAUUGAGAAUUCUCCCUACAGAUUUAAGAUGUAUACCAAUGAGACUGAUAUUUUUCUGUGCAAAACCAAGCUUUUAUCUGGUCAGGAAUUUAAGCUUUUGAAGGAAAGAAUUGACGAGAUGUAUCAGGUGAAUAUAAUCCUUGAUAACUUGCCUGCAAUUCGGUAUAUUAAGAAGGAUAAAUAUUUGUUGAGGUCCACUGGUUUUCCAGUUGGUAUCAAGGUUCAGGAUGCCUAUUAUGUAUUUAAUCACUUGAAGUUAACUGUCCUUGUUCAUAAAUAUGAAGAGACCAAUGUUGCCCGUGUUAUGGGUACUGGGGAUGCAGCGGAGGUGAUCCCUACUGUUGGCAACUCAGGAACAGAUGCCCCUGGCCACAUGGUUGUUGGGUUUGAGGUGGUACCUUGUAAUGUUCAGCACAAUAUCGAUUCUGUGAAGAACUUGAACAUGUAUGACAAAUACCCUUCCCAGAUUAAAUGUGAUCCAACCACAGUCACCCGUGCUAUUAAGGAGAAUGAGCCAAUGGCUUUUACAUAUGAGGUGUCAUUCGUUGAGAGUGACAUUAAGUGGCCUUCAAGGUGGGAUGCAUAUUUGAAGAUGGAAGGAUCAAAAGUGCACUGGUUCUCGAUUCUAAACUCGCUUAUGGUGAUAACUUUCUUGGCUGGUAUUGUACUAGUGAUUUUCUUGAGGACAAUUAGGCGAGAUCUGGCUCAGUAUGAAGAGCUCGAUAAGGAAGCUCAAGCCCAGAUGAAUGAGGAGUUGUCAGGAUGGAAACUUGUUGUUGGAGAUGUUUUCCGUGCCCCGAGCAAUCCGUCGCUCUUGUGUGUGAUGGUUGGAGAUGGGGUUCAGAUUCUUGGAAUGGCAAUCGUGACAAUUUUGUUUGCUGCCCUUGGAUUUAUGUCCCCAGCAUCCCGUGGAACACUUAUUACUGGUAUGCUGUUUUUCUACAUGAUUCUUGGAAUUGCAGCCGGUUAUGUUGCUACUCGUCUUUGGAGGACUAUGUUCUGUGGAGAUCACAAGGGAUGGGUCUCUGUAUCAUGGAGAGUUGCUUGUUUCUUCCCUGGUAUCGCCUUCCUUAUUCUAACCACUUUGAAUUUCUUGCUAUGGGGUAGUCACAGUACAGGAGCUAUUCCCUUUUCUUUGUUUGUGGUACUCAUUUUGCUAUGGUUUUGUAUCUCGGUUCCCCUUACCCUUGUUGGUGGUUACUUUGGGGCAAAGGCACCUCAUAUUGAAUACCCCGUUCGAACAAAUCAAAUCCCCCGAGAAAUCCCUCCUCAAAAGUAUCCAUCUUGGCUUUUGGCCCUUGGGGCGGGUACCCUUCCAUUUGGUACACUUUUCAUUGAGCUCUUCUUCAUCAUGUCCAGUAUCUGGAUGGGUGGUGUAUACUAUGUCUUUGGGUUCCUUUUCAUUGUUAUGAUCCUUCUGGUUGUGGUUUGUGCUGAGGUAUCACUUGUUCUUACCUACAUGCACCUUUGUGUUGAGGACUGGAAAUGGUGGUGGAAAUCUUUCUUUGCUUCUGGUUCUGUUGCCAUUUACAUCUUUCUUUACUCCAUCAACUAUCUAAUAUUUGACCUUAAGAGUUUAAGUGGACCCGUAUCUGCAACCCUUUACCUCGGAUAUUCACUCUUCAUGGUUCUAGCAAUAAUGCUUGCAACAGGUGCAGUUGGGUUCCUUUCUUCGUUGUGGUUUGUGCACUACCUGUUUUCUUCUGUUAAACUCGACUGAAGGGUUUCGUUUGGAUUCAAAGUUCAAUGGUGUUGAAGAAGCAGCGAUCAAAGGUUGGACGCAACAUGUUGCUUAUAAAAUUGUUCUGCUUAUUUUAUUGUUUGUGUCUAUUUCUAGGGCAUUCAGAAGAUAACAACAAUAAUAUUCUAAAGUUUUGUUGAAGUCUUUAAUAAGAUAGAAACUCUUGCAGACUAGCCAGCUAGAAUACUCAAUGCGGACAGAACGAAUUCUUUUCAUACGAGCCUAUGCACUAUUUACUGUCUAGAUAUGUAUUAAGUAUUGACGGUCAUUCCAAUCAAUUGGUCUUCAUUAUGCUGUUUA